UUUGUCUUAUUUCUUAAGAUUAACAAACCUUAGAACAUAUAGAAUCUAUGUAGUCAGCAUGACCCUGAUCUGAGUCAAGUUAUUUUCUGCAUGAGUGUCUGGCAGGCAUGGAACAAAAUGGCUAUGGGUAUGCUAGAGGGGCAGGCCUCGAGAGUUACAUGGCCUCUUGUUCCAGGCAAUCCUCUGUGUGUUUCCUCAUUCCCUUCUCAUUAGUGCAAACAAAGUAACAACACAUUUGAUCAUAUCUGCUAAACUUGUGGUUCUAACCUUCCUAAUGUUUCAACCUUUUAUACAGUUAGUUCCUCAUGGAGUGCUGACCCACAACCAUAAAAUUAUUCUUAUUGGUGUUGUAUAACUAUCAUUUUUGUUCUGUUCUGAUUUUAAUAUCCAUUUGUCCUCAUGGUCUGAGGUGACCCCUGUGAAAGAGUCAUUCCAGCCAUCAAGGAGUUAGGACACAGGCUGAGGACUGUUGUGCUAGACCAAGCAACUGAAAACUUCUGAAGAACAGAGACACCUCAAGGACACAGGCUGUCCGGUUUUAACAGUCAUGAGAUGAGAUGAAGAACAGUAAAAAGGUUUAUGAUCUGGGCCAGAAAUUCCAUGCCAAGUGUGGCCUCCAUCACAGAAAGCCCCCUGUCCCACCACUCCUGUUCCCUCCACGACUUCCUGUUCCCUCUGUCUCCUCCAUGCUUCCUGUUUUCUUUUCCUGAUCCUUGGUGACGAUUUUUCCAGGCUCUACAUUCCCAAUGAUUAUGGCUUAGGUCCAGUUUUAAAAUAUGCUUCUAAAUUACAAAGAAUGGCUUAAAAACAAAACUCUGUUCCUCUCAGUUUCUGAUGAAGUUUACACAAAAUGAAGGAUUUUAGCAAAUGUGUCCAUCUCUGGGCGAUACUUUUGAUCCUAACACAUCAGAGAGGAAGCUAAGGCAGGAAGAUCAGUGUAUCAGACUCCAGAGUUAGGCCUUAACUUCAGUGAGUUAAAGAAUGCCCAGUACUAGGUAAAUAAACUCUGUCUCAUAAAAGGUACUUAUAUUAAUUGUCCUAGGUGUUACUUAGUUUCUUUGGUGGUUUUCAAUGGCGACUGUGGGGUCUUGCUAUGUAGCCUAGGAGAUCCUGCUCAUGAGCUUGGUUCUUUCCUCAGCAUGGGAGGUGGGAUUAAAGGCCCCAGGUUAACAAUUGCUGAACCACCCUACACAUACAGGUCGGGUGGGUCAGAUUCAAUUAAACUGAAGAGCUUUAUAAAGGACUAUAUUUGCAAAAGAUGCUCAGAUUGUCCAGAAAAGUAAGAGCUCUCCAUACAGCCUAGACUCUUGGGGACACAAGGACACAGCGAUUCUAGUUACCUUACUGUGUUCAACCCACUCUGUUCUGUUCCUCAUGCUGAACUUCUUAUCUAGCCAAUAUCCUGCUUUUGGUAACAGGUGCAUUGCUCCAGAAACAAAGCAAUUCUGCCUCAUCCCCCUCCCCAUAUCCUGCUUCUAUGGGUAUAAACACUGCCUGGGAAAAAUAAAAUUGGUCAACUUGAUGUAAGAGACUUGCUAUCCUUUCUUUGUGUUUCUUGCAUGCCAUUCUCUCAACAGGUGGUUCCUCAGACCCUGUUCAACUGUCACAAAGGACUGGAGAAUGGUGCCUCAGGGAGAGCGGGAGUGCCAUUUUAUGCUCUCUCUCUCUCUCUUUCUUCUCCCAUAGGUCCUUGGUAUGCUGGGCAUGGUAACCCCGCUCAACCCCCCAGCUUCCUAUGUACCUUCCCUCUGCAUUGGUGGUGCCAUCUCUCAGGUCCUUCCUUUAGUCCAUGGACUGACCCUGAAAUCAAGAUCUACCUGCAGGAGUGGGAAGUGGUUGAAAGGGCAAUUGGCCACCCAGGCGAGAAGAUCAAGAAGAGCAGUCUUGUUUGGCAGCGUCUCUAUCAGUGGGUCCUGAUCAAGGACGUCCAAAUAUGUUUGGACCUGAUGUGGACUCUGAAGGAUCUGCACUCAACCCUCAUUAGAGAGAGAUCAAGGAUUGUACCCUUGUAUUCUCCUUAUAGAGAUUAUCUGGACAGGGUCUUGGACCCCAAAUGUCAGGGAGGCCAUGUUCCAGGUGCUGUGUUUGAUUGGUCUGGUUACCCCAUGCCUUCCUGGAGCACUCAACCUCCAAUGGUGAUGCUAUCUCCAGUAUACCAGCCUUGGGAUUAUGACAUGUUUGCAUCUUCUGGACAGCUUGCUGGGAAUCCAUCGCUGAUGAUGUCCAGUCAGGAUUCACUGGUUCCCAGAUGGGAUGCCUGGAAUGCCACCUAUCCAUUGCCAGUUCAACAUGUACUUCCUGCCUCUCUCCCUGGAGACACCAACCUUCAGCUGCCAUGGUCACCUCGUGAUGAUAGCUCAAGUCCUCAGUGAAGACAUGUGGGGACUUUUCUUUUUCCUCUAAAAACCCCUCAAUCAUACAGCACUGUAUGGAUACUCGAUUUCUCUAUCUUAUUGUAAAGGAAAUGUGAA